UGGAGCCCGCCGUUCGUGACCUCAUCCGAGAGUACCACGACGUUUUCCCAUCGUCGUUCUCGUACGCCGGCAUCCCACCGAUGCGUGACGUCGAACACUCCAUUCAGCUUGUGCCUGACUUUCGUGUUCACCACCAGGCACCCUACCGACUCUCGAUUCCCGAGGCCACCGAACUCAAGGAUCAGCUUGAGGAGCUCCUGAGACUGGGUUUCAUUAAGCCCAGCAACUCCCCGUGGGGUGCACCCGUCCUCUUUGCUCGCAAAGCGGAUGGAACUCUCCGUCUCUGCAUCGACUAUCGCGGUCUCAACCGCUACACGGUUAAGAACAGCUACCCCAUGCCUCGUUCCGAUGAGCUGUUCGACCGCCUAGCAGGCAACCGCUUCUUUACGAAGAUUGAUCUUCGUAGCGGUUACCAUCAGAUCCGCGUCGCUGAGCUGUUCGACCGCCUAGCAGGCAACCGCUUCUUUACGAAGAUUGAUCUUCGUAGCGGUUACCAUCAGAUCCGCCUACGUGUCCGAGCAGUAGCAGAGUUCCAUGACCAGGCAGCUGCCGGUCAUAUGGGCUUCCACAAGACGUUGGCUCGUGUGAGCCGCCUGUACGUCUGGGCGAAGCACAAGGACUUUGUGAAGGACUACGUCGCAGAGUGUCCGACCUGUCAGGAGGUGAACAGUGCGAACCACUUGCCUUAUGGUUUGCUCCAGCCUCUUCUUAUCCCUGAGGGUUGUUGGCAGUCCAUCUCGAUGGACUUUAUCGGUCCUCUUCGUCCUUCGACCCCUCGCGGUCAUGAUGCUAUCCUGGUCGUCGUCGACCGCUUCACAAAGCGUGCACGCUUUGUUCCGUGCCGCUAUGCCAUCAGUGCACGUGAGGUCGCCGACAUCGUGUUCGACCGAGUCAUGCGUGACCACGGCUUACCUCAGAGCAUCAUAUCUGAUCGUGACCCGCGCUUUACCAGCCGAUUUUGGCGACGGCUCCACGAGGUAUACGGCACUCAGCUCCACUUCUCCUCGUCUUACCAUCCUCAGACUGAUGGUCAGACCGAGAUCACGAACAGGACUCUCGGAGAUAUUCUUCGAAAGAUUGUUCGUGACGAUCAGCAGUGGGAUCUUCAUCUUGCCUACGCGGAGAUAGCCUACAACCACGCCGUCUUGCCAGCCACGGGGAUGUCGCCUUACUAUUGCGACCUCGGCUAUCACCCUCGUGUCCCCGCGGACGUCCUUCGACCGUCCCAGAUGCACCCUGACACGAGUUAUCCCGCGCUGGAUGAUUGGGUUACACACAUGACGUCGAUUAUGAAGACCGCACAUGAGCACAUCGUCGCUUCCCUGACUCGCAUGGCAGCACGUGCGAACCAAUCGAGAAUGGAUCAUCCAUUCAAAGUCGGUGAUGAUGUGCUUAUCGAUGCCCGCCACUUACAGCUUGAAGCGGACACGCUUCGCAAGUUUCGGCGUCGCUUCUUUGGCCCAUGCCGCAUCCUCCAGCCCGUUAGUUCUGAUACGGCAUCUAGCCCGGUCAGCUUUCGUGUGAAGCUGCCCGACUACCUACGGCAGGCUCGUGUGCAUGAUGUCUACCACGUCUCGUUACUGCGUCCUUACCGCAGACYGUCUGAGCGUUUCGCUGGACGACCAUACGAGCGCCCUCCACCCAUCAUGGUGGACGGCCACGAGGAGUUCCUCGUUUCAGACAUCAUUGGUCGCCGAGUCACCGACGACAACCCUCCCCACGUUGARUAUCUCGUACGUUGGAAGGGUUACCCUGAUGAGGAGGCUACCUGGGAGCCCCUCGAGCACUUGCAGCACGCUCGCAUGUUGGUGUGUGCCUAUGACCGUGCUCGCCGUGCUAGGUUCACUGCUCCUCCUCAACCCACUAACCCUCCUCCUUCUCCUCCGGCUGAGGAGACCGCUGAAGUCGAGCCUGCUCCAUCUGAGGCAGACCUUCAGCAACAGCCGGAUGCUUCUGAGCGUCCACAGCGCACUCGUCGYCGUCCUGCUCGAUACGACKAUUGACUCUGACUUACCUUCCCACGUCUUUGACUUCUCAGUACUCCAUCCACAUCAGUUUUGCUACUUCAGCU